GACCGACCUCGCUUCCCGGCCCGACCCUUCCUCCGGGGCAGCGGGGCGAGUCUCCGGCGUGGUGGGAGGGCUGGGGCGCCCUUCACCUGCGAGUUGGCGGCUUGGUAUUCCAGCUGGCGAGGUGGAUGUGGCAGGUCAAGGAAAAAACACGCUUUGGAUUUGUGUCAAGAAUGCACUUGGCGGGGCUGAUUUGCAUUUGACUAAAAUUUAAGUUGUUUGAAAACUGAGAGGCAGGUGUGUUCCCAGGAGUGAAGAGGUCUCCAGGACCCUCCCCACCCCCACCCGUGGCAUGGGGCGGGUUAAUGAUGGGCUCUUUGUGACAAAAAUGCUGAGCUUCUUCCGUAGAACACUUGGACGUCGGUCGAUGCGUAAACAUGCUGAGAAGGAAAGACUCCGAGAAGCUCAGCGAGCUGCCACACACAUUCCUGCAGCUGGAGACGCUAAGUCCAUCAUCACCUGUCGAGUGUCCCUUCUAGAUGGUACUGACGUUAGUGUGGACUUGCCGAAAAAAGCCAAAGGACAAGAACUGUUUGAUCAGAUUAUGUACCACUUGGACCUUAUUGAAAGCGACUAUUUUGGACUGAGAUUUAUGGACUCGGCACAAGUAGCACAUUGGUUGGAUGGUACAAAGAGCAUCAAAAAGCAAGUAAAAAUUGGUUCACCCUAUUGUCUGCAUCUUCGAGUUAAGUUUUAUUCCUCAGAACCAAAUAAUCUUCGUGAAGAGCUAACCCGGUAUUUAUUUGUUCUUCAGUUAAAACAAGAUAUUCUCAGUGGAAAGUUAGAGUGUCCUUUUGAAACAGCAGUUCAGUUGGCCGCUUACAAUUUGCAAGCUGAACUUGGUGACUAUGAUCUUGCUGAGCAUAGCCCUGAACUUGUAUCUGAGUUCAGGUUUGUGCCUAUUCAGACUGAAGAGAUGGAGCUGGCUAUUUUUGAGAAAUGGAAGGAAUACAGAGGUCAGACACCAGCACAAGCUGAAACCAAUUAUCUGAAUAAAGCCAAAUGGCUAGAAAUGUAUGGGGUUGAUAUGCAUAUGGUCAAGGCUAGAGAUGGGAAUGAUUAUAGCUUGGGACUAACCCCAACAGGAGUUCUUGUUUUUGAAGGAGAGACCAAAAUUGGCUUAUUUUUUUGGCCCAAGAUAACCAGGUUGGAUUUUAAGAAGAACAAAUUAACUCUGGUGGUUGUAGAAGAUGAUGACCAGGGCAAAGAGCAAGAACAUACAUUUGUCUUUAGACUGGAUCAUCCAAAAGCAUGCAAACAUUUAUGGAAAUGUGCUGUGGAGCACCAUGCCUUCUUCCGCCUCCGAGCCCCUGUCCAAAAGAAUUCUCACCGAUCGGGAUUUAUUCGAUUAGGAUCACGAUUUAGAUACAGUGGGAAAACUGAGUAUCAGACCACAAAAACCAACAAAGCAAGACGAUCAGCGUCCUUUGAGAGAAGGCCCAGCAAACGAUACUCUCGACGAACUCUACAAAUGAAAGCAAGUACAGCAAAACCUGAAGAACUCAGUGUGCACAAUAAUGUUUCAACUCAGAGUAAUGGAUCCCAACAGGCUUGGGGUGUGAGAUCCACUCUGCCUGUGAUUCCUUCUGUUCCCUCUGGUCCUGUGCUAGUGGAGAUCGAGAAUCUUCCAAGGAGUCCUGGAGCAGACCAGCAUGACAAGAAAUGCUUGCCUCUGAAGAUUGAUUUGCUAGAUAGUCCAGACUUACUGGAAACAACCAUUGAUGAUGUAAUUGGGACACUUGACACUAUGGACACAUCCCAGGCACCAGAUGAAAUUAACAAAACCACCAGGCAGACUGGAUCAGAGGAACCUGAAGUUGAACACGGGACAUCAAAAGAUGCCUCAGAGAAGCUCAAACACCUUGAGAUGGAAAACAGUCCUUUGUCGUCCCCUCAUUCUAACAUCAAUGUUAAUAUCAACAACCAGGAAGAAGUGGUGAAGUUAACUGAGAAAUGUCUUAAUAAUGCCAUUGACAGCCCAGGAUUGAAUGCCAGGAGAGUUCCUCCUGACUUGAAGAGUAACAUUUUGAAGGCUCAAGUAGAAGCAGUACAUAAGGUUACAAGAGAAGAAAGCUUAUUAAGUCAUAAAAAUGCCAAUGUUCAGGAUGCUGUCACAAACAGUGCUGUAUUAAAAGAGAGUACUGUGCCCCUCCCUGAAGAGUCUCUUACUCUGAUGCAUACAGCACCUGCAGAAAACGGUUCUAUUCUAAAGGACGCUACUGAUGAAUUGGAUGCCUUGCUUUUGUCUCUAACUGAGAAUCUAAUUGAGCACACAGUCACACCUCAGGUAUCUUCAACGUCAACAAUCACACCCCGUUGGAUUGUGCCACAGAGCACUGUCCUUUCUAAAGGACUUGCAGGAAGUGGAUUAUCCUCGGUGGGGAAGGAGGGACAUGGUGGUAUCUCGCUGAUCUCUCCCCCAGCACCGUUCUUGGUGGAUGCUGUGACCAGCUCUGCUCCAACUUUGGCUGAAGAAACCACCUUGAAGCAGAAGUGUCUGCUGACGACCGAGCUCUGAGGGGUGGCCGGCCCCUCGCCGGUGACUGGAACGCCCGUCACCCCCAGCAGUCCGUCCUGAGUCCCAUUUCUGCUGCAGCGUGUUGGGUUCCGGAGCUUUUUCUUUACUUGUGGGUAAAAAAGCUCACCUAGAUUUGGCUUCAACUCCGUGAAAAAAAACAGCUACAUUUCCGUCCAGCUGGAAGGGUUUAACUACACUACACAUUUGCCCAAGUGAGGGUAUAUGAUCUUUUAUUUUCUAUAAAGUUAUAAAUUCCUGAGACAAGGGAAUUAUUUCCCCUGUGGUUUCCUUCAAGCUCUUGGCUCCACCCAGUGGUUAUAUUGUUCACAGCACCUCCAUAAGUGGGCUGUCUGGUAGCCAGCGGCCUUUUGAAUGUUACUUCUCUCUCUGAUAUCAGGGUGUGUCCUUGAUCUGAAUGCCUGUUAAGAGAAAUUGUACCUUCCUCUGCAUUACCUGGAAAUCAGGAAUUUAGGGAAUUAAUGAGGACACUAUGUAGGUCGGUUAACUACUAUUACUAAAGAGAAGUUUUUAGCAUAGGGAGGGUUUUUAGAUGUCUCCCCUAUUUCUGACUUUUUGCUGGACUAGCUAAUAAUCCAAGUUUACAUUAAGGUAAGAUAAACCUUGGAAAGAGCUACAGAGAAACCAGUUGCCUGUCUAUAAUUUUUCCAGCCCCACCUUCCCACAGGAAGCACACUUGCAUGUACCACAGACACAUUCUGUAGCUUUUCAGUGGAAGGGGCGGGGGUGGUGAGAGAGACCCUGGGGCAUUUCCCGUCCGGCAGCCACACUCCUCCCAAGCCCUGCAGACCCAGGGAGUGGAGGAGCCGCGCAGUCCUUUCUAGGUGCCUGUUUGGGUGUGGACUCCAUUUCCUCUUAGUAUAAGCUGAACAAACUUAGAGUGCGUAAACUGAAGGGGGAAAAAAGUACCAGAAUAGAAAUAGGGAAUCGAGAUUAGGGGGGAUUCUGUUUCUUGAACACCUACCACAUCUGAAACUAAACACGACAUGUUAGAACUCCCAUCUCAGUUUACAUUAGGAACUCAGUUAAAAAGAAUUUUCUACAAUUUCCUCUUCACUUUUGGUAUAUAUAAAAUAUUCUGAAUGUUAAAAUAGUGCAUACUAAUUAUAGAAAAUAAAGAAUAAAAAUAGUUACUUGCAAUUUCAACACCCAGAAAAACCCUAUUUUAGCUUUAAAACUUUAAAAUGCGUAGCGUAUACCUCAGUUGUGUGGGGAAUGAGGGCGAUCUGGGAACCGUGCUGAAGUUAUCAACCCCUGUUACAAGAGCUGAUGUUAAACUGUACCGCCUGGAGUUUGUGUUUUGGUUUUCUGGCCUGCGGUGUGUGUAUAAUUGUUAAUUUAUGCUGUUCACCAUAAAAGAAUAUCCAGUUUUAAGAUCUUUAAAACUCCAUGGUUUGGACUAUACUACUGGGUUCCCCAUAGCAUAAUCCUGUGCUCAGGCAAACGCUCUAGUGUCUGACUAGAAAGCACAGGAGUUGUAAUCUUGUGCUGUUUCCCAGGGAGCUGUAGAGGUUGGAAAGCACUUUUGCACAAAACAGCUUUGCUGAAGGAAAGAAAGUUGGCACUUCUUGUUGGCUGCUUCCUCUUAGCCGCUGUGCCGAGCUUGUGAGUUUCAUUGGCAGAGCUCUUGCCGACUCUUAAUUGUAAAACAAAUUUUCUCACAGCUGUAAGUGACACCUAGAACCAGGAACUUGACCCAGGACAUGUUGGACUGGACAUCACAUUUUCAGUAUAGUGCUAACCCAAGAAGUAAAAGGUUAAAAGUUGUGCUCUGGUCACAGAGCACUUUCUCGAUUUUGGAAUUAAGUUGCUGAAAAUAUUCUGUAACUUCUGUGUCUUCAGAUACCUGUAUCCUUGCCUGUCAGAAUAUUGAUAGAGGCUUUCUUAAAAUUCAUUUGAAUCUCAAGCUAACAGGACAUUUUUUCUCUUGUCCUGACAAGAAGUGGCAAAUAUGGAAAUUAAUACUUUAAUGAUUUGGCCAUGACAGAAUAGAUAGCUGUUAAGUAUAAAUUUCCUUUUGUAUCUGCUACAGGUGCCAUCCCCAGAGCUCAUCUGAGUGUGGAGCGAGGGCAGGGCAGGGCUGAGGACAUCUGAGGCCGUGUCAGAGAGGGAAGGGGAAACGUCUGUCUCUGAGGAGGGAGCAGCAGGUGUGAGUCAGUGAGGCGUGCUGGCCACGAGUGAGACUGGAGAUGAUCCCUUUAAGGAGGCAGGCCGGUCACACUGAGGUAGGAGUAGGGUGGCAGGAGGGACAGCUGUGGUGUCACUAGAGGCUGGUGGCCCUCAGGGCACAGUACCUGAUUACAGAGAUUGUAAAGUCCACCUGUACCUCUGAGCCAUCUGGUGAACUUCAGUACAGCGCUGCGCCUCGGAGGAGAUGCAAUAGCCCGACCAGCUGUCAGAAUGGCAGCUAGUUGGGCAGGAAGGUUUUCUGUAUCUGCAGAAUGUUCCCGGGCAGUAGUACGAGAAAGCCAACAUCGGCAGCGUUUAAUUAAGUCAGGAGUAAUGAGAACAUGUUUGAAAAGAGCAGGAACAAUGGUUUAUUUGAGCGCUCCAGCUAGAAAGCUGUCAGCAUUACUCCCUCAGAAGGCCGCCUGGAAGGGAUUUACAGCUGAGAUAACAGACCCCGUUUGGCAGAAAUAACCGAAGGCUGCUUUAGCCACAGGCUCAGCUCUGUGGUUCCUUUCUUUCCGGAUUUUCCAGGGCCAGAGUUUGCUCUGGUGACUCAUGAGGAACAAGGAUGCUAGGACUCGGGACUGAGCAGAUUUUAGGCGGGUGCUGAGAAAGUGGGGGGCUUCUUUUGCCCUCUGACUGUUGCUUCAUUGCUCUGUGAGGAUCUGUGGCUUUCCCAUGGUUUAUGUUUUAAGAAAAAAAACGUAUUAAAAAUAUUACUUAUAGUCUCCUGACUUUUUGUCUUUACCUUUUUCUACUGUGUCACAGUCCCAGGUGUCGUGUGGACAGUUAAGGAUGGAAGCCCUGGGGGUGUUCCCUGUAUCCUGACUGCUUGUUCUCUUGUGCUUCUCAGCUCUGGCUGACACUGUGCCUCUAGACAAGCCCCAGAAUGAAAGCUCAGGUGUCACUUCAGAAACUUCCUUAGAGCAGAAUUAUUUGGCAGUCACUUUCACAUUUUUCUACCAGUAAGGGUCUUGAGAAGCCAAGUUCUCAUCUUACUUAGAGCAGGGGCCAGCAGACGCUUUCUGUGAAGAGCAGAGAAGGUUGGUCCUCUCUGGUCACUGCGGCUGCCAGGGCACGGACACGGCGUGGGCAGAGGUGAGCUCAAGGGCUCAGCUGUGCGCCAGUGCAGUCUUUUGGGCUAUUUCAAGGUGGCUCCCUGGUCAGGUGGGUAUUCAGAUCGAUUCUGCUGAUUGUCUGUCACUUGGAGGCACCUGGCAGGUUUAGACAUCGGCGUCCUCACUCACAAACGGACGAGAUGCGGUCGUGAGUCUCCCACCUGACAGGCUCUGAGGUCUCACCAUUUUCUGACUAAGCUGCCCUCAGCCUUUUGGUUGCUUAGAAACCUGGAAUCUUUUAAUGUAUGACAUACGAGUCUGUAUUAUUUGUUCUUUCUUCCUCUUAAAUUUUAAACACUAUGGUUCUUGAAUGAUCAGAAGAAAGUUGGAAGCUCUUCCUACCUGUUAGCCUCCAGGAUGAGGAUAGCUGUUUGGAUUAUGGAAACUUGCCCUGAGCCAGACUCUGCUGGGUAACACGUUGGUGGCGCUGUGAUUAUUUCCAGUUCAAAGAGGGAGGAUCCACAAGUCACUUUAUCACACUGAUGGAGGCAGUAAUUCAGUCCCUUUCCAGGAUUUCUGUUUAUCAGAGAGGUGUUUUGGCACAGAUCCCUUGCCCUUUUUAUCUUCCUAUCUGGAAAUGAUAGACAGUUAUAAGGACCUCACUAACGAAUUUGUGUUUACUUUUUAUACGUGUAAAGCUUUGCAGUAGCUUUUGAAGUGUAAUUUAUUUUUAUAUCAAGUGCACUAUUCGUUCAAUGUGUUCCACGGUUUUAUAUGACUUAUAUUAGAAGCACUCUGCACUGAACUGUGAGUUGUUUGUACACUGAAAUGACAACUGUAGAUGUGACCACAAAUAAAGCUUUUGUGAAACACUCA